UUUGGACGGGGGUUGGGUGCGGAAGGGCCCGUCCAGCAGGAAACUGCUCCUGUGCUGAGUCUGUGUGGAAGGAGGCUGCAGUCAGGUGAUUUGCUGACCCUGUACAAAUCCAUAAAGCUGCCCUAGAGAGAAAGAGACAGGCAGGCAAGAGAUAUGUUCGUCUUGAGGUGUGGAAGCGAGCUGCUAAAUCCAUUUUAAUACCUCGUGGAAAACAUUGCGAUCUGAACAAGUCAAGAUGACGUAUGUUUCAUCCGUGGUACGAUUUGUGGAUUACAGUAAUUCAAGCACGACGGUGCAUGAGAAUUCAACCGUGCCCAUAGGUACCAGCACUGCAGCUCCGAUGCCAUGGUGGACCUCCACGGCAGCUGCUGGCACAGCAACCAAUGUUACCCAACCAAACCAAUGCCUCGUUGUGCUAUAUGAGGAUAUUGGUAAAUCACGAGUCCGAUUUUGGGAUGUCUUUCUCCUAAUCCCGAAUGUGCUUUUCUUCUCAUUCUUGCUCUGGAAACUUCCAUCGGCUAGAGCAAAGAUUCGGGCCACAUCGAGUCCCAUCUUCACUACAUUCUACAUACUGGUGUUUGUCGUUGCAACAGUGGGCAUCACACGGGCUAUUGUUUCCAUGACAGUCAGUGCAUCCACCAUAGCUAUAGUAACAGACAAGAUUCUUUGGGAGAUCUCACGAUUUUUUCUGUUGGCGACUGAGCUGAGUGUAAUAAUAUUAGGUUUGGCUUUUGGACACCUUGAAAGUAAAUCAAGCAUCAAGCGUGUCUUGACCAUAACUACAGUACUUGCUCUGGCCUACUCGAUUACACAGGGAACCCUGGAGAUCUUGUAUCCUGAUGAGCACCUGUCCCCUGAGGACUUCAACGUUUAUGGACAUGGGGGCCGCCAUUUCUGGCUUGCCAGUUCUUGUUUCUUCUUUCUGGUUUAUUCAAUGAUUGUCAUUCUCCCAAAAACUCCUUUGCGGGAGCGAAUAUCUCUGCCAUCCAAGAAAAGCUUCUACAUCUAUGCUGCAAUCCUGUCACUGUUGAACCUGAUCCAAGGGGUUGGCAGUGCACUGCUGUGCGCUAAUGUUGCAGUGGGAUUAUGCUGUGUGGAUGUCACCACGUUCCUUUAUUUCAGUCUAUUUGCUCCAUUGAUGUAUGUUACAUUUCUGAAGGGUUUCUUUGGGUCUGAGCCCAAGAUUCUCUUCUCCUACAAGUCACAGAUCGAUGAGCCCGAAGAUACUGAUGUGCACCUGCCCCAGACCCACUCUGUGGCCAAGAAGGAAGCUCUGGAGCCUUGCCCCUACUCUAACACACAGAUCGACAGCUCAGCUGCUUACCUCGACGAUCUGACUGUUGGAAGCAUCAACAGUUUUGACAGUGACCGGUGGAAAAUUAUGAAUGCUUGAGAACGAGGUGGUGGUGGAUCAGUGGAAGUUAGCGAUAAACCUGCCCUAUCUCUCUCUUUGUGCUGCCUCAUCCAAUGUCCUGAGAUUUCAGUAUUGGAAUAUUCUGAUUGAGAUUUUCAACACACUCGCCAACCUGUGAACAUCAGAGCUCCGAACCUCUCACAUUCCCUCUUUUUGGGGGGUUUUAAAAAUCUUUCUUUGUCUUCAUACCAGCAUACUGAACCACCCCCCACUUCCCCAACCGUAACCAAGCCCUCCAGCACCCUCUCCCCUCCCUCCGAAUCUCAGGGAAGGGGGUGUAAAGCUUCCACACCUUGCUCUGGGCCUCAGUCGUUAUGUUACUUUGUGUCUGUGUCUUUUGAACAGUGUCUUUCCAAAUGUAAAAGCUGGAGGCUAAUUUCUUUUCCACAUCUUCCCUUUCAAGUUGUUUUGGAACAAAAAGAAAAAGAAACAAGGAAAGUGUGAAGCUGUGGCCUGCCCUGUUUGCACACCAUCCAUCGCUCCACUGCCUUUUCUCAUUGAAGUUGUUGUCUAUUCUUUAGGGUGUGCAGAGUUGGGUAGAGGAGAAGAAGUCUGUUUGCCGCAGUAUUAAUUAAGAUGGUUCCCUUCACUGUGAAUGGCUGCUGCUUGGUGAUGGUAUAAUGGUUGGAGAAUUUCACAGCCUUAAGGUGACUCUGGCUCUAUUAGACUCUCUGACCUUUAACCACAAGUCGAUAUUGAGGAUUCCAGCAUCCAGGUGCUGUUUAUUGAAGGGUAGAGAGUGUUUAAUUAAAAAAAAAAAUUAUUUUUAAAA